AUGGCACCUACCCUCCUCCUCCUCCUCCUCCUCCUCCUCUUCCUCACAAUGACGACCACAUGCAACAUCACUGGGGCAGCAAACUUGCCCAAAUUCUCCAGCAUUCUUAUUUUCGGCGAUUCUACCGUUGAUACUGGUAACAACAACUACGUUAAGACAAUAUUCAGAAGCGACCAUCCACCGUAUGGCCAAGAUUUUCCUGACCAAAUUCCUACAGGAAGGUUUUCAAACGGAAAACUCAUUCCUGACUUCGCAGCCAGCAUCCUAGGGAUGAAAGAAACUGUUCCGCCUGUCCUCGAUCCAAGCCUAACCGACGAUGACAUUCGCACCGGCGUGUGCUUUGCUUCGGCCGGUUCAGGAUACGACGACAUGACGAGUGCAGCAACCGGAGUCAUCCCAAUGUACGAGCAGCUCGAGUUAUUCAGGAACUAUAUUACAAGGCUCAAGGGAAUUGUUGGAGAAGAGGAGGCCAAGGAGAUAGUUGGCAGAGCUUUCAUCGUUGUUAGUUCAGGAACUAAUGACGUGAUUUACAACUAUUAUGAUGUACCCACAAGGCGGCAGCAGUUCAGCAAUAUCAGUGGUUAUCAUGAUUUUCUGCUGAAUUCUUUACAGAAUUUUGUAAAGGAAUUGUACAACCUUGGAGGCCGUUUAAUGGCCAUUGCUGGGCUUCCUCCAAUUGGGUGUCUUCCCAUUCAGAUAGUCACAAGAUGUGGGAGUUCAGGGAAUCUAGCUUGCCUGGAAGAUCAAAAUUCAGACUGUCAAGCCUAUAAUCAAAAACUUACAAGGCUACUAACUCCAUUGCAGUCAUCACUUCCGAGGAGCAGAAUUGUCUACGCAGAUAUUUACGACCCAUUAUUUGACAUGGUCUCUCAGCCACAAAAAUACGGUUUUGCCAAAAUACAUACAGGGUGCUGUGGAACCGGGCUUGUCGAAGCAGGAUCAUCCUGCAACAAAAUGACUCCAACGUGUGGAAAUGCUUCGCAGUUCCUGUUUUGGGAUGCCAUCCAUCCAAGUGAAUCAGCCUACAAGUCCCUAACCGAAUAUCUAGAGAAAACUCUCAUUUCCCAGUUCCCUCCCAUAUGA